GUGACGUCACCUCUCCCAUGGCGUCAUAUUGACGUCUCGCAUUCCACGGUGUAAGCGCUCUCCAUAAAUGACUACUACCAAUUGGACUUCUCUCAGUACUCAAAGCUCUCAGCUCACCACAUAAACAAAGGCACAUUGCAACUUCAUCACAGCGCAUCACCAUCGUUAUACCAACACGGAGACCAGCUACAGGGUAACCGGAUCGCCCAGGGUCCCCAAACCAUUUCAAUGCAACCUGAAACAUUAUUUUGUUUUACCUACAAAAGCACUCCAGCAACUACUACGACUACUUUUUUUGUUGUUAUUUGUAUUAUUCUGGAAAUCUACACGAAACUUUAAGGAGGUUUAUCUCACAUGUAAAGACGGAACCGACACAGCAAGCAAACCCCGGUUCGGAAGAGCGCCUCCAGCCGAGCUCCAGCUCCGAGACCCGGCUAACGGAAAGUUUAGCAGUCGCUGCAGCUUCUUCCACUGAGCUCUCCAGACACCCUCCUCUCGUCACACCUCCCCCGGGAAAAACAAGCACGAUUCAGCGAGCAAAAUAUCAACCAGAUCAAUGACAUACUGAAUAUGAACAGGCCUGCGCAGUUUUUGGAACGGAUGCAUUUUGCCCACCUAAAAUGCAGACCUCGAGAUAUGCCCUGUGUGCAGGCUCAGUAUGGCCCGUCACCCCCGAGCUCCAGCUAUGCCACACAGACCUACCCUUACGCAGGGGACUAUAGCUCUGACGUCAUGAACCCGGACUACACCAAGUUUGGCAUGGACCUGAGUGGCACAGAUAUCACUGCUGCUGCCACCACUUCCCUGCCCAGCUUCAGCACCUUCGUGGAGGGCUACACCGGCACCUAUGAACUCAAGCCCUCCUGCCUGUACCAGAUGCAGUCCUCCGGGCAGAGACCCCUGAUCAAAGUGGAGGAUGCCCGCUACGCACAUCCACCCAUCCAGCAGUCCCAGUCCGAGGACCCCAUACCCAGAACCUCCAUGUACUUCAAGUCGUCACCCCCUUCCACCCCCACCACCCCUGGCUUCCCUGGCCAGCAUGGGCCCUCAUCGAUGUGGGAUGACUCCUUAACACCUGUCCCCCAGACCUGCAUGGCCCCCAGCCACUUAAUGGAGUCUGUUCCACUGAAGUCGACCCCCAGGUUCUCCCUAUUUCCUUUGAAGCAGUCCCCCCCACACACAGUGGGAUCCGGCAGUCACAUGUGCUACGAGCCCGGCCUGAGCCUGCCUAUGGGUCCCGAGAGAUCCCCCUCCUCUUCCUCUGCGGGGCAGCAGCCAGGCUUGGAGACGCACUUGUACCCCCUGCACCUGGGUAAGGGGAGCGGGCUGCAUUUCACCCCACUGACAAUGGUCCAGAGCCCCCAGAUCCUGGGGGAGAGCAGCCUCCCCUCUCCUCCCAGCCGCUCCUCCUCGUCUGGGGAGGGUACCUGUGCAGUGUGCGGGGACAACGCUGCCUGCCAGCACUAUGGGGUGCGCACCUGCGAGGGCUGCAAGGGCUUCUUCAAGAGAACGGUGCAGAAAAACGCAAAAUAUGUUUGUUUGGCGAGCAAAAACUGCCCCGUGGACAAGCGCAGACGUAACCGGUGCCAGUACUGCCGGUUUCAGAAGUGUCUCAGUGUGGGGAUGGUAAAGGAAGUGGUCCGUACUGAUAAUCUGAAAGGGAGAAGGGGCCGCCUGCCCUCCAAACCAAAGAGUCCCUUACAGCAGGAGCCCUCUCCCCCCUCUCCUCCACUCAGCCUGGUCAAUGCCUUAGUGAGAGCGCUCAGUGAGUCUACACCCAGAGAGCUCGACUACUCCAGGUUCUGUGCUACAGACCAGCCGUCCGCCUCCACUGACGCUCAGCACCUCCAGCAGUUCUACGGCCUCCUCACCGUCUCGAUAGAGGUGACCCGAACCUGGGCCAACAAGAUCCCAGGGUUCAAUGAGUUGCCCAAGGAAGACCAGACCCUUCUCAUAGAAUCUGCUUUCCUGGACCUCUUUGUGUUAAGGCUUGCGAACAGGUCGAUUCUUGCCGAGGAUAAGUUUGUGUUCUGUAACGGACUUGUGCUGCACAGAUCUCAGUGCCUUCGUGGGUUUGGGGAGUGGCUCGACUCGGUCAAAGACUUUUCUUCAAACUUUCAAAGCCUUAACCUGGACAUCGCCACCUUUGCCUGCCUGUCAGCACUAAUCAUAUUAACAGAGCAGCGGCAUGGGUUAAAAGAACCAAAAAAAGUGGAGGAGAUGCAGAACAAGGUCAUCUGCUGCCUAAGGGACCGCUUGAGCUUCAGCAGCAGUGGAGGUAGUGGGCCCGGUGCAGGGAAGGGGUCGGCAUCGCUGUCCAGGGUGCUGAACAUGCGGAGCGAGCUGAGGUCCCACCGCAGACAAGGGCUUCAGCGCAUCUUCUACCUGAAACUAGAGGACCUGGUCCCUCCACCGCCCAUCAUCGACAAAUUCCUGGACACUCUCCCCUACUGAGUCAGCUAGCCAGCGAGGCAACCCUCUGUCUCUCUCUCCCCCGGCAGUAAACUCCCCAUGGAGGUAGAGCCACGCACUUCAGCAGCCCUGUCUGGUGUAACACAAUAAAUGAGUAGAAAUAAGAGAAGAAGAGAAAAAAAAGAAAACAGCCCAGACACUUCAUGUUUGUGGACUGCCUACUACUCCCUGACUGUUUUUUCUUGCAGAACUCUUAACACAAAAAAACUGCUUUGCUGCUUUAUAUAUAUAUAUAUAU